GUCCACCUAAUUCCAUCUCUACUAGCAGUGGACCUCAUCUCAUAUGCGAACUUCUUGAUGGCAUUUGGUUUGCAAUUUUCGAACUUCACUCCUUCAACAACCUCAUUUCUCGACCGGCGUGUAUUGUCGAGCUUUUCUUUUUACUAACCAUACCAGCGUCCCUCAUUCUCAGUCGUUCCUUUGACCAUCGUUGUUCACUUUCAGCAAGUUUCACUUUUCUACCACUCGUUGCCCAGCAAGUUAAAACCUUCCACCCAGUUCCUGUCACGCGUCGAAAGUCGAAACGAACGAACGAACAACCGAACCUACCAAAACAACACACAUUGUCCUACCUCUGACACCACUACCUUACUUUCCUUGUCGCCUUCACCAUGAAGACGACACUUCUUUUCUCCACCUUGGCCCUCGCUGUGCGAGUUUUUGCCGCUGUUCCUCCCGCCUGUUUACUUAAUGCCGUCAACACACAAGAUUUACCUGGAGAUUUGGAUGCUGUCUGUGGUGACGAUGCACUUGAGAUCCAAGAAGCUAUUGCCAGUCUGUGCACUGGUGACAAUGUCUCUAUAGCACAGUCUGCGUUCAUCUCGACGUGUUCUGUUGCUGGUUCUUCUGUUGCACCAUACACCGCUACCGCCACCGCCACUAAUUCUGCCACUGCAACCGGCUCUGGAAGCUCGACUGCAACCACUGGCGCCUCAGGAUCUGGAGGUUCUAGCGCCUCGUCCACCAACAGCGCAGGAGGUUCCUCCGCCACAGACAACGCCGCCGCUGAUCCUAAGAAGCAAGUCGGCAGCUUUGCCGCAGCUGCCAUCGCCAUCGCCGGUGUCGUCUUCGUUCUCUAGACCCAGGGACGUCCUUCACUAUCUCUCAAUCGCCGGUCCAGGGGUUGUUUGCAUCGAGAAAUCAUGUCGAUUUAUUGGGAGCCACAUCCGCAUUUUUUGGCCAUCAUUAUUGGCUGGUGAGCGACUCUUGAGCUUGGGAUUUGGAUGUUUGGAAAAUACACGGUGAGGGGAAGCAACCAGAUUUGGACAAACUGGAACCACAAAAAAAGCAUAUACAUACAGUGAGGCCAUGUUUUGUCUGGAUACUGAUUGCAUGAUCAAGGGGGGAGAAACAUCAUCCAGUGGCAUCGUGUUUGUUCUGAACAAUAUCAUGUUAGUCACGGCGAGAUAACUUUGAUUCUGCUGCCAUUGGAUGCGGUCCUGCUUAUCUGGUCGGACGGACGCCGUACAUUGGAUGCUCAGAGGGCAAAGUUAUUUGCAAGAUGGAGUGGCCUUGAAGCUCUGCACCGACCUGCGGACUCGGUCAAACCAGUUGGCUCUCGAGAUGGAACAUAGUCUAGAUACCCUAGUUUGAGUAUAAUGCAAAUCUCAAUCAACCUAAAA